CAAAAUUCGUCUCCUCAAAAGUAGUGUGAAACUAGUGAAAUUCUUAAGGAUUUUCAAAAAUGCCGAAAGUAAAGAAAGGAUAUGUCUACAAGAAAAAAUAUUCAGAGCCUGAAAUCACUAGAGCUCUUGAAGCCAUCAAGAAGGGAAUGUCUAAAAAACAAGCUGCCAAAACAUAUAGAAUUCCACGAGCAACAUUACAAUUCAGAAUGUCGGAGAGAUUCAAGAAAAUUCGUCAUGGACCUGAAACAGUUCUGAGUACAAGCGAAGAGGAACUACUUGUUAAGUGGAUAAAUGACAAUCAACGUAAAGGCUUUCCAAGGCGGAAAGAAGAUAUACAACAAUCGGUCAAAGAAUUUCUCAACAAAAUUUUUGAAGACAAUUUGGGCAGCAUUUCUGAUGAUCAUACGCAAAAUAAUGAUAUUAUUAUCGAAGAAACCAUGAUUACUCCAAACAAUGACACUGACAAGAAUAGCAAUGACUACGAAGAAUUAGCUUCUUCAGAACACAAUCAGAUUCAGCGAGAUCAAGGGCAUGAAGAAGAGAUUGAUAAAGAGAACAUCGAUGUACCAGAAGAGCAAUGUUCGCUUGAGAAAUCCCUCCGGUGGCCAGAAACACCGACACGAAAAGGAAAUAAAACAACUGAGAGGAUGCCAUUCGUUCUAGUAUCAACGGGUUGGAAAAAAAUUUAUACAGAGAAACAAGAAAAAAAAGCGAAAGAAGAACUCGAUAAAGAAUCUAGAAGAUUAGAGAGAUUGAAGAAAAAAAUAUUGACAGAACAUUCCAAAUCGAAAAAGAAAGCACCAAGAACCAAGAAUAAUAAGAACACCAAUACUGGUCCUAGGAAGGAUGAUUCGAUAUUGCACGCUUCAAAAAACACCCAGAUGUAUUUUGAACCAGCUGAAACCCAACAGCCUAUUAUAAUUUCAGAUAUCAAGUUGAAACCUAGUCAGAAAACUGCUGUUAGGAAUAUUUUUCAUGAAAAACAGGAAAAUACAAUUUUUGAUGAUAAUAUAGUUGAGACUGGAUUAUGUUUUCUUUGUACGAUGAACAUUACCAGAGGAAAGAAUGGUGUAAGAUGCUUGAAAUGUUAUGGCCGCCAAUAUCACAAGCUUUGCUUGGAAAAAAGAAAUGUAAAUGUGAAAAAUUUCAUAUGUUCUGUUUGUUCUGGAAAAACAUAA